AUGGGAAUCUUGAAAGUCAGAGGAAACGAGAAAAAGAGGAAGCUGCCUUGGAGUGGCUUGGUUUUCGACAGCAAGGAAAAGUUGUCUCUCACCUGUCCUCAAAGGUUCCCGCCCUCUCCCAGGCUCGCAUCAACCAGGACCCAGCAGGCAGAAGCCCAUACAACAGUGCCGGCCAUGACGUCCUCUCAUUUGAGGACCCCGCCCCCUGAGCAAAUGUCGUCGCUGCCAGGCCCGUACUCGACCAAUGGGGUUGUCAGAUCUGCCGGGCGCGGUCAGCGCAAGAGCAAGAACGCGUCUUUGUCGAGCCGUAAACCGCGGCACGUACCAGUGGUUGAUAUCAGACCCAAGCCGAGCAGAAAAAAUUCAAACUCGCCGACAAAAUCUCAGAUUCUCACCACCAGCUUUCACCAUCAGAUCAAGCAAAAUUUACCGCCAGCCUUUUUACCCAAAUUCGAGCCCACUGUCUUCAACGAUACGAGCUACGGUUUCGAUCAAGCAAUAGAAGGGAAUUUUGAUAGUCUUUACCUCUUGGAACCGGUGAGUCUCUUGAUAAAUUUCUGCUUUAUUCCCGCUUUCCUCCCGCACCACGAAACCCACCUAGGGUAUUAUUACCCAAGCUCUGUAGAAGGAGACCUGGGCGGAAUGCCACAGGAUAUGUCGACGUGGCAGCCGGAGCGUGCUGUGCCCGAAGCCGCGGCGCAGAUGCCAGUGAUGCCCAGCUACGGGCCCCCCGCCGAGAGUCCCUACGACUUUGAGCAGGACUACCAGCAGCAGCCACAGCAUCAAGGCCCUGGGGCUGCCGAGUCAUCAGCAGCAGGUCUUGAGGCCAGUGCUUGGCAAGAUGCCAUCUCCCGCUCUGGUCUGUUCGACCACACCCCGUUUGGGCCACAGCAUUGGCCGACAUACAACGCCGUCUCUGGCUUCACAGCCACCGGUGGGGCUGGCCUUGCCGGCCCCUUGAACUUCACCAGCUGGGCCCACCAGCAGCCCAUGCCCGCCGCCAGCCUCUCGCACGCACAAGCCAGGACUCCCUCGCUGGCCAGCUUCGCCCACGAGGCUGCGCAAAUCCAAACCCCUCCCGGGACGGCAACGACGCACCACACCGUGUCGCCGAGAGACGUCUUCAACCACGACUUCCUCCCCCCGGCUCCGCUCCGAGCCAGCAGCCACCGGCUCACCAGCGAGGACGAGCCCAUGACCAACACCCCGCCGCUGGAGCAGUCGCGGCUUUACCGCCGCGGCCGCGGCCAGAUAGACACGGCCCAGCAGCCUCAGAUCCACCGCCCGCCGUCGACGUCUUCGUUCGCGAGCAUGCUGCGGGCAAACGAGCGCCUCAUGGAGGCGAGCGAGGACGGGAGCGUCAGCGACGCCAGCGCCAGCGCCGUUGGCGGCUUCGCCAGCAGCAACAACAGCAGCAGCAGGGAGUCUGCCCGUCGCCAACUGCCCAACGAGCCCCGGUCCAGCCGCGCUCGUUUUGCGUACCUGCCAAGUGACGACCGGCCCGGUCGCGAGGAAGACGAGAACGAUGACGACGACGAUGACCAAGAGUCGCUUCUGCACCCGCACGCCACCACCAGACCCCGCACCUCGGCGCAGGCCGAGCAGACCACCGAGUCCUCGCAGCCAAGCCACGCCCAGGGCAGUGGACCGGCCGGCCCACCGACCGAGAACUUCCCGUCGGGACGCCUCCCGGCGGGCGCGUCGUCCGCGGUCGAGAACCUCUUCAUCCACGAGAUGAGGGAGGAAGGGCUGUCCUUCCGCGAGAUCCAGGCCGCGGGGCCCUUUGUGCAGGCAGAGUCGACCCUGCGAGGCAGGUACCGGACCUACGUGACGGACAAGGCGCUGCGUCCACGCAAGGCCGAAUGGACAGCUGCCGAUGACGUUUUUCUCUGGGACGCGGUCCGCCACUACCGCCGCGUGGGCAGACACUCGCGGUCCGACCAGAUCCCCUGGCAAAAGGUCCGAGACUACGUCUUCGAAGCCGGCGGCACGCACAAGUUCUGGUCGGCCAGCUGCCACAAGCGCUGGAAGAUGCUGCGGGACCGGAAGCUCAGAGAACGGGUUGGGGGCGGUGGCGACGUUGGUGAUCCAAAGGACACCAAGGCCGGGUACUCGCUGGAUAUUUACGGCAGUGAGUAA